CCUCGCGCAUACCUAAAAAGAAAACAGCGCAAUUGGAGCUUCUGAAGAGCAGAAGAGCAAAAAUGGCUGCUUGGAUGAGAGUUGCACGAACCUUUUCCAGAAAAUAUUCGUCGGAUGCUGCCAGUCAUGGCAGUUCAGAGCAGACUGUACUGCUGUGGAAGAGGCUCUCGUUUUUCGUAGGCUUUCCGGCGAUACUCAUGGGUAUGGUUAAUUGCUAUUUGAAUCAUCAGGAACACCAUCAUGAUCCACCUCCAGAAUUUGUAGCAUACGAACACAUGAGGAUAAGAACCAAGAAAUUCCCAUGGGGAGAUGGUAACCACAGUCUUUUCCAUAAUCCUAAAGCAAAUGCUCUACCUGAGGGUUACGAAGAAUAGAAAUGAAAAAGAAUGGUGUUAUCUAGAUGGUUAUAAUUACGCUCUACAUUAGCAUUCUUUAUAACAUGUAUCCUGCAAUUAUAUUGGCUUAUGAACAAUUGAGUCAAUAAAUUUAUAGAUUGAGAGAGAGAUAAA